UUGGGCGGAGUGCCUCGUUCGAACCAUUGCAAGUGCGUGAAGCACCGCUCAACCGGUACGCCCAAGUGAAGAUGUGAGAAGAUUAAAUGGUGCAGUGAAGGCGGGAGGAUGUGAUGCCGAAGUUUUGAUAGAAGUGUUGCUAGCUUUGUUUUCAAACGGUUAAACAACAACAGCGGUUCUGAGGUGUAACGAUAGUUAAAUUCAGGAAAUACCGGAGUUAGUAAACAUAACCUCGGAAACAUUUCCUAAACAACUUUGAAUUGAUAAACUAGUUAGUUCCUCCUCAGCUUUGAAGUGUACUCGGGGAGUAAUGUGUCAAAGUUGCUAAGCUAACCUCAGUGUCUUAACGAGAGCUUGUGGUCACUGAGUAGCUGACUGACGGAUUCAGUAGAAUGGCAAACGUUAGAAGUAAACGAAUUGAAGAUGAUACCAGCCUUCCCUUUGCUGCUCUCCAGCUGCUGGCCCCGCCUGUGCGCCUGGUGUCUGCGGCCCUCUGGAAAGUGAUGAAGCAGAGGGAUGUGAUGCAGUAUGGGGUUGUGGAGGAAUUCGUGACAUCAGCCUGCGAGACUGUCCCAGGGCUGCUCACUGUGAGACACCAGGGCAAGCUGGCACUGGGGCUCAGAGGACGUUUAAUCUUGGAGCUGUGCUUUACACAGCUGGAUGAAAAAGUGAUUAUGCCACACCUGGAAAGGAUCCGUGCUCCUGCUGCUCUGUCAGCCUCCUCUGCUUCUACUAUGAGGAGGGAUGUGAAGAUCAUGAGAACAGUCGAGGGUUUCCAUUCUCUGGUUCAUACUCUGCUAAAAGACCCAACAGAGAGGGAACACUUCUUCAAGGAGGAGUUUCCCGUGGAUUAUGGUACAAAGUUUGACCUGGAACUAGAGAAACUGCUCUGGGAGUUUUUGAUUCGAGUGGACCAGUUGCUCCCAGUUCCAAGCCUAGCUCAGACUGUGUCUUGGCUCAGUAAUGCCCCCCCUGUCCUGGAGGAGUGUGCGCGGGCAGCCACCCAACCCCAGCUCCUGAAGAUAUUACUUGAACAUGAAACCUGUCUAGGUCACCUGGAGAAUGCAGCAUCCCUCCCUCCAAACAUGGGAGACUCCAUCCUGGCUUCACUUUCUCUGCCACCGUCUGGAAGAAUACCUUCAAAUCCUCCAACAGGAUCCAAAACGUCUGGUGUGGACCAGGCCGCUGGUACACAGACAAGAGACAACGCUCCAUUUAUUACACCGGUUAUUGGACUAAUAUCAAAUGAAGAUGUACCAUUUAUGAUCAGAACACUGAAAGGUGGUGAGGCAGCCAGUUCAAAAGAUGCAACAAACGAGCACUUGCACCCAACAGAGAGCUUGAAAUUCACUGUGGGUAAACGGAGGCAAAAAGUCAAAAAUGAUGGAGCGGAGGAGGAGAGGAGCUUCUCAGAAAGAAGCAGUGGAAUGAAACGCAAGCAACCUGACCAUGGAGAAAAAGAAUCCGAUGAGGAUGGAGAAGUGUUAGGCACUACCAGAACUGGGAAAAAGAGGAUAAACAGCAGUUUGAGAAAUGGAGCAAGCAUGCUCAGGCAGGAUAGAGGUGACCAGAGGACAAACGAGAGUGAAGAAGACGAAGCUCUAAGAAACGAGGAGCAUAACAGAGCAGCCCUUGAAACCUGUAUGACCCGGCUCGGUAUCAAAACCCUGCAUCUGUCUGAUGACCCUUCCCUCUGCCCCCUUUUGGUCUCUUGUCUGAGCAACCAACCCAGAGUUAUUAUUGAAAAGCUGUCUCUGACUCCUGCUAGAGCUCAUAUGACCGACGGAGGAGGAAAAUCCUUGUAUAAGAAACGGCAGAAUCAAAGGAAGAAGGCUCUGGGUAAAGCUCCAACACAUAAAGGCAACCAACCUCAAAAUCCUGGUUUGGAUGUUCCUGGCCUGGACAAUAAAGAGAAUUAUCCUGUAUCACCAAGUAUAAGCAGCUCUCCCUUUCAGCAACGGGGUAACGCAGCGGCGUCGGCCCUGCCAAGAGACAGUGAAGACUACGUAGCGGAUUCUGAGGAUGAGGCGACAAAGAACUUCAAAGGCAGGCUGUUUAUGAAGCGCUACUACAAGACCAGACACGGCACUUAUGUUCCCACUCUGAGGGAGUACUGGAAGCCUGGGAUGACACGGCGGGAAUUAACGUCUGCUGGCAGCAGGCGCAGAUAAGGAAAUGGAUUUUUUCACGUUGUCAAGUUUGGUGUUGGGAAACUAUCGGCAGAAAGAUGCCAGAAAAGACAAAAAUAAUAUGGAAUGCCGGCGACUGUGGAUGAUGGACAUUCAUUUUUGUUAUCUUUCUCUAUAGAUUUGAUUUCAUUGUAGCUGAAUAAGAUUUGAUCUUGAAUCAUUGGUUUGUCAUCAUGGAAAACAAGCCAUGAAAUGGCAUCAUCACUGGGUUUAUGGGUUUAUGAUUAUGGGCAACUUUGUGUUGUUUUAAAUUGUUACUUUACAGUCUGCUUGUAAAUAAAGACCAGAAAAUAUCUGGAUUAUCUGUGACAAUUGUUACUUUUAUAAACAUUUGUAAACCACACUAUGUAAUAUGCUCAGUUAAUAAAUUUAAAUUAA